CAAUCCUUCUCCUCUUUUUCUCUGCAAACUUUAAUCAAUAAUCGGAUCGGAGUUAAAAGCUGAUUCCCACCACCACGUUCCCUCUUCUCUUCCCACUCCCGAGUUCCGAGUUGACCCACCGAUUCCAUCUCCAAGAUGCCAUAUUCAAGACAAAGAAGGUCUCCUUCACCACAGUCACCUGGUAGAGGAAGCCGCCGGUCAAGAUCAUUGUCCUUGACAAGGUCAAGGAGAAGCCGUUCAAGGAGUCGCGAUCUUGAAGAUGUAGUCAACCCUGGGAAUAACUUGUAUGUGACAGGCUUAUCUACAAGAGUUACCACUGGUGAUCUUGAGAAGUUUUUUGGAAAAGAAGGAAAGGUUUUGGAGUGCCACCUGGUCACAGAUCCUCGCACCAGGGAAUCUCGUGGAUUUGGGUUUGUCACUAUGGAAACUCUUGAAGAUGCAGAGCGCUGUGUUAAACAUUUAAAUCGUGCAGUUCUUGAAGGUCGAUUAAUCACUGUAGAAAAGGCUAAACGGAAGCGAGGAAGGACACCAACUCCAGGAAGGUAUCAAGGUUUGCGAGACAAGCGAGGUGGCCAUGGUAAUAGACAUUCUCGUAGCUACUCACCACGUCGAUGGCCAGAAAGAGACCCCUAUUCAAGGGAUCAACGGAGAAGAUCAAGAUCUCCAUACGAUAGAAGGCGCAGGGAGCAGUCCCCACCAGCUGGUUAUCGUAGAUAAACUCAAAUUGAUCCAAGCCAAGCCAAGCUGUGACUUGACUCUUGUUCAUCAGUAAGCACCGAGGGCAUUCUGGGUUUUUGCCUGUUAAGUGUAGGUUCAAAUACUAAUUAUCCUUUAAUUCUACUGUGUCAUGUGUUUCUAUUAUCAUGUACUAUCUUAACAACAUUGUCUAGCAUAGGACAGACAACAUGGCCUUGAUGAUCUCCUCUCCUGGUUUUUGCAAAUCCACCUGCGCGGUAUGGGAUCGGUGUCUCAACAGCAUUGCCUCAUAAUUGCAAGAUUAUGUAGUUGUAUGUGUGUUUCUGUUCUUUGCUUUUCACUAUGUGAUUGUUUUUCCUUUUCUUUUCUAGUGUGAUGUACUAAGAUUGUGUCAUUAGUAACUGUGAAAAUUGAAUACUGCCGUUAUUUCAUUUGACUUGAAAAAAAGUCUUCAGUCUUGAACUUUA